UAGGGUGAUGGCGGCUGCAAGGAUUGUGUGGGAACAAGUGAAAUAACUGACAUCUGACGCAUGGUGUUUGUGUGGGUGGAACUUGGGAGUUGGUGUUUACCACGGACAUUACCUUCGUGACAUUCACUGAUUAAGUGUUCGAGGCGGAGGCUCUGUAACCAUGCUGACUGCUCGCGCACGUCGAUUCCUAUCCAAAAUAUUCAUCUGUGGUGUUCAGUUCACUUGUGAUUAGGUGCAAUAACGAAUGAUAUAAGGUGACUGUGUUUUUUGCAGUCUUCCAAACGACACAGUGAAUUUAUAGCAUCUUGCACGGACUGUAGAAGUGGCGGUCUUUAGCCUGGGGGAAACUGAUUUUGACUCACUGAUAAUUAAACUGGUAAAAUGUCAGACGACGAGGAUAAGCCACCAGCACCUCCUGUUAGACUGACAAGCAAUAGGGGCGAUUCCACUCCGAAUUUACCGGUAGAUAUGCGACCCCUUCCGAAAGAACCAGACUCUGAAGACAGGAAGAAAAAAAUGUUGAAAGGAAAGAUCAAGCAAAAAGCUAAGGAAAACGAGAAACCUAAUAUAUCAUACCCAACGAACUUUGAACAUACAGUGCAUGUGGGAUUUGAUGCAGUUACAGGCGAGUUUACGGGUAUGCCAGAAGCAUGGGCAAGGUUACUGAUGAGUUCAAACAUCAGCAAACAGGAGCAGAAGAGCAACCCACAAGCUGUGUUAGAUGUCCUCAACUGGUUUGAUAACUCAAGCAAAGAAACCAAGGGUUCAAAGUACAUGACAACAACUAAAAUGGUUGCAACAGCUGAAUUAGCCCCAUCCCCAAGACCCAGUUUGCGGCAAGUGACAACGCAAUCUGGGUCAAGCCAUAGCCAGCAUAGCCUCAGCCAGCCCUCUAGUAGCAGCCCUUCAUCAACAACACCUGAUACAGAGGGAGGAGGAAAUGUCACUUCGGCUCCAACCAGCAGUGAAGUGGAUGAAGAACCCCCACCUCCACCUGUUGCUGCUCGGCCAGAACGUACAAAAUCCAUAUACACCAAACCAAUAGAAGAGGAAACAACAACAGCCCCAGCAGCUACAACAACAGCGACUACAACCACAUCAGUGGCUGCUGCACCGCGCACAACAAAUGGCACACUGGACAAGAAUAGGAAUAAUAACGUCAGUGUAGGUGCUGGUGUAGAUGCAAGGACACCUAGUGAUAAAGCGCGUAAGAAAAAAAUGAGUGAUGAAGAAAUACUUGAAAAACUGAGAACUAUAGUCAGUGUUGGUGAUCCCAAUAGGAAGUAUACAAAGAUGGAGAAGAUUGGGCAGGGUGCAUCAGGGACGGUGUACACUGCUAUUGAGACUUCCACGGGGAUGGAGGUAGCUAUCAAGCAGAUGAACCUAUCGCAACAACCCAAGAAAGAGCUUAUCAUUAAUGAAAUAUUGGUGAUGCGAGAAAACAAACAUCCCAAUGUUGUUAAUUACCUGGACAGUUAUCUAGUUGGGGAAGAGCUUUGGGUGGUGAUGGAAUACCUGCCAGGCGGCUCAUUGACAGACGUGGUUACAGAAACUUGUAUGGAUGAAGGACAGAUUGCAUCUGUCUGUAGGGAAGUUCUUCAAGCCUUAGAGUUUCUGCACAGUAAUCAGGUCAUACACCGUGAUAUUAAAUCAGACAAUAUACUGUUAGGUCUGGAUGGCAGUGUUAAACUGACUGACUUCGGAUUUUGUGCUCAAAUUUCACCAGAGCAGUCAAAACGUACAACUAUGGUAGGGACACCAUACUGGAUGGCUCCAGAAGUUGUAACUAGGAAGCAAUAUGGGCCCAAAGUUGACAUUUGGUCUCUUGGAAUUAUGGCUAUUGAGAUGAUAGAAGGUGAACCUCCAUAUUUAAAUGAGAACCCUCUCCGGGCCUUGUAUCUUAUAGCAACGAAUGGAAAACCUGAGAUAAAGGAGAAAGAAAAACUCUCUCAGAUAUUUCAGGACUUUCUAGAUCAAUGUCUUGAAGUGGAGGUAGAGAAAAGGGCAGCGGCCUCAGAAUUAUUGAAGCACCCUUUCCUGAAAAUUGCCCGGCCGCUAGCAAGUCUGACACCUCUCAUAAUGGCUGCAAAAGAUGCAGCCAGGAAUCAUUAGAGCUGUAGACCAGGAACACAGCCGUAUGAUGGAACUUGACUUUUGACAUGCAGCGACCACAGAGCUUUAAGUAGAAGCAGUCGAUUGUGUGUUGUGCCACUGGGAACAAUUCUUGCAAUUCUGUGUACCUGGCUUUUUGUGCUGGGUGACAAGGACAUUUUUCACUUAGUGUAAAGUUUUGUUGUGAAUAUUUUUUGGAGAACCCAGUGCUGUGAGGUACGUAGUCCACAGAGAAAAAUGAAUGUGACCCUCGAUGCAAAAGCUGAUCAUGGGUCUGUGCAGCUAAAUGCAGUUAUUUUACAUAUUUAAAUAGCUUUGCAUCUAGGCCACAUUUUUAUGCUGUGAUGCUGUUGAGAGAGAAUGGACAGUGCUGUAGUUGUGUGAGUAACUAAAAUGUGGAGCACAGAUCACGGGUGUCAGAUGUGUUCUUAUUUUUCUUCCAACCAAAGAGGUGCAUUUAGAUUUAUUAAUGGUCAUAUGCAAGGUGUUUUCUGAAACAGUAAGGCUUCUGACCCAGUUAACAUCUUGUUCAUGCUGGGUAAAUCUUUGAUUGGAAUGUUUUGGAGGUGCACUACGUUCUGUAAUCAAUAUUUUAAUGUGUGAAAUGAGAGAGCUGCUAUUUUAAGAGUACCAUUAACAUGUCGGUAACCAUAUUUGAGAUGUAGAUGUGUUAAGUUUCGUAUUCACUGCCUUUUUUUCUUUACUUUUAAAGAUAAGUUCUUAUUUCCUUGACUAUUUUAGAUUGUAAUUUUGCAGUAAUACUAAAAACCAGUAUUAUAUUAUCUGUGUAGGAAAGGCAUCCCUGAAAGCUAGUAGUGUUACAUAAUUCUAUGAUAACGUUAUAGGAAGUUCAUUUUAUUAUGGUUUUAAAUGUUUCUGGACAGUCAUAUCUCCAUCACACACUUCAAUUUGUAUACAGAUUUUGGUAAAAAAUAACGGAAAAUAGUCAUUCCGUGCUUCUUGGUGAACAGCUUAGGGAUGCAACACAAUGACUGAAAAUGUGCCCUAGUCAUUAUCAUCAGCUGAAUUCUGAUGCUAGUACAGAAUUUUAUAAUUUUGACAAUGUGAGUAAAAGAUAAUUGCCAUUGCAUUCAAAAAUAUGUGAACAAUUUGGGACUAUUUUUUGCAAACAGCAAUAAAUGCAAAAUAUUUUUAUAUUUUGUCCUCUUGUGAUUAUAAUUUUUAAGCUGUUUAGACAGAAUGAUAAUAUAAUGUGAAAUGUUUUGCUCCAGAAAAAGAUCAUGUAAUAAACAUGACAGGAACAGCUAAGAAUGUGAUAUUGACAUUUGUGAUUUCCUUACAGUGUCUCUAAGUCAGCAGUUUGAUUGUGCAGUGUGUGUUGUCUCUGGAUACAUUGGAUGACCAAGAGUGCACACUGUUCCUGCUGACUUGCUACUCUGUUUGAUGUGUUAGAGAAUAUUCACAACAAAAAUAAACAGAAUUUCAUGGCCUGUAAUUUAAUGGUUGCUCUGUAGUUCCUGUGCCUAGCAUUUGCAUGCACAGUACUGCUGUUCUACUUUCAGAAUAUCAUUUAGUGAUAAAGUGACUACCUUCAACUCACUUAAGACUUUAAAGAUGAGAUAUGCUUAUUACAAAUGUAGAAAGUAUUCAGAAAGUAAUUAUAAUCAAGAAAAGUUAAUUAUAAACAUGUUGUGCUGCUGCUGCUGCUGCUGCUCUCUCUCUCUCUCUCUCUCUCUCUCUCUCUCUCUCUCUCUCUCUCUCUCUAAUCACUUGAAAGGCAGAAAUUUAAAAACAGGAGUUUAUCAACCAGAGUUCAUAUGCAGUAGGAAAAGUACUUCCAUAACCAAAUUCUGAAUGUAAUUACUGUGGUGUUAGACACUUGUGUUAGUGAACUUGUUUUCCCUUACUACCCUCUACAAAGAUGCUUGCUGUCAUGUCUCUUGCCUUCUGAUGAUAUGUUCUGCAGUUUCUCAUUUGAGCUGAAGUUAAAACACUUUUCAUCCAGAAAAAGGUAGAAGUCACUCAGUGGCCAGUUUGAAUGUAGAAAUUGCACAUGCCUAAAUUGUUCAGGAAUAGCAGUUGCUUCAGCAGUAUGCAGAUAUUUGUUGGCUUGUGGAAGAUGUCACCUAAAGAUAAUCUUCCUCUGUUUUGGAUUUGUUGAAAUUUUAUUGGUGAUAUGAAGUAUAUCUUCUGAUUUAUUGUUGUUCCCUUUUUUGUCAAAUUGACUUUUAGGUGACAGGUUGUUUAACAGUGUAGCCACAAGGCUGUUGGUACUGAAUGUCUUGAAUGUUUGUGGCAUGUGUAAAUAAUUUAUGUACAUUCACUACUGUGAUUGUACUCUGGUGUUGGGAAUUUGAAUGAAAUCCAGAUUCAACCUCCCCCUCAUAGCAUGGAUUAACAUUCACGUGACAGUCUGCUUUGUUAACAGGUUUCAAAAGUACCUUAAUCACCGUGAUAUUAUAUUCAGGAGAAUGUCAUAGAUGUAACUUCGUACUGUGAGUAAGCUCUUGUUGAUACAUUUUUUGAAGAAAACAUUUAUGCCUGUAAACAAAAGUUGAUCAAAAGAUUGCCACUAUUCAUUCUGUAUCAAAGAAAUUAAUUUAAUUAUUUAAUACCCUUACCUACCUCCCAGUCAUGUUCAUGAUGUAGGGGUCUACCAACAUCUUAUAUCUUUCUCAAGUUCCAUUUUAUUGUAAAUUCAUACCAUGUGUAAGGGUAUCAAAAAUGUCUUUAUGGAUGUGUUAACCAUCAUACACAGCAAUACAAUAUUACAGAAGAACACAGAACUUAAGAAAUGUGAACUGAAGCGUAGAACAUAUUGGAUGGAGUAAGUAGGAGACGAAUAACUGCUUUAGCUCUGGAAUUCAGUAGCUUUUUCUCAAAGUAGUCAUAAAAAUAAAACAGUUGUACCAUAUAUUUUCAGAAAAUAAUUGUUUUUCUGUUUAUGUAUGUGCUUUUACUCAGCAGUCAAUAAAAUUUUCAAUCAGCUCCUGUCGAAGGCGUGCUUCCUGGAUUGGGCUUCUAUAACACAUUAACAAAACGAUGGUAAUAAUCCUACUGGCUGAGCGGUAGUUGCUUUUUGUGUAAGGGCUCAUUUCAUUCUCCUAAUAAUGUUGCUAACAAUACAACAUUGUUCAGUGGUUCCUUACAUGUCACAAUUAUAUUGAAUUGUGGUGAAUUGGUUGUCAUUUUACUUGCAUUUGUGCUUAUGUUUCAUUGUAUGAAGUGUGAAAAAAAGUCUCCAGAUUAACUCAGUAGCCACUAGGUGCUUGCAGAAAGAAGAAAAAGGUCUUUUAUUUUUUAACUGUUUUCUGAAAAUGGAAUUACAUUGUUCAAAUGAAAAUUAGUAGCCUGUGAUUUGAGUCAGUGAGUGAGCAUUUAGUUUUAGCACCUAAAAUUUAAGAUGUCAGUUGCAAAUGUCAAUUGUGACAUUUUUUAAAAGUGACAACAGUUUAUUUCUGCAUAGUUUUGCCAGAGUACCAGUAUUUGUGGUAUGAAAAUCUCAAAUAAUAACAGAGGAAGAUAGUUCUAUUUUCUUGGUUCCAGUAAGUCCAACUUAAGAUUGUGUUGUCUCCGUGACAAACACUAUCAUUAACGCUUUCUGCUUCAUCUAAGCAAGAACAACAAAUAAAAGUAUUCAUAAAAAUGAAUUGAUUUCAUGUAUAUGUAUAGAUAAGGCAAAUUCAUAGCCUCUCUCAUUACACCACAGAUCACAAGGGGCUGACAGAUGCUGGAUUUCUCUGUGGGACCUGUUUCAAUGAAAUACUAGUGUGUGGGUUAUCUGGAAAAGGUGUAAUUUUAAUCAAAGGAGGGUGAGUAACUUGACACUCACAAAAUGAAACCUCUCCUGUUUUUAUUCAAAUUUUCUUCAUACAGAGAGCUCUUGAUCAUGAAUGCCACAGCUAAUUGCUGAGAAAUAUAUGACUGGAUUAGACUUUGUAUACAAGAAAAUACAAAGGGAAAAUGCUAGAAAGAAUCACACCACAUCAGAAGGAAAACUGUAAGGUACUUAAAAUGAGACUGAAAUUAACCCAUGUGACCUGGUUCCCUCUUUCCCACAAGUGCUGUAUCUCUUUCUUAUGUGCUGAAUUUUCUCAACAGAGAAUCCAAUCGUCCAAAAAUGAGAAAUUGUUUAAAUAGAUUUAGAGUAAUCCACUUGGUGCUUUUUCUUUCAAUAAUUGUCUUCUUUUGAAGUGAUGAUGUUUGUACAUUGUUUUUCAUGACUGGUAGCACAACUUACAGCAAGAACUGGAGGGAAAUCUGUGUGAUGUUGAGAGAUUGAUUUGACAGUCAGUUUUUCAGAAUCAUCACUAUAGAGAAUGUAGGUUGCCAUUGAUUAUGUGAUAGUAUAAAUUCUCUGGUGCUCGUCUGAAAUAUUAUGCAGCAUUACAAUAAAAAGCAAGUGAACUGCAAAUUAAGUGAUUAUUAUGACCAAAACAGGGCAUAGUACAUCUAGUUUCCUUUACUUUCAACAUGAAAAAAUGUUGCCCUUAUGGAAAGGUGGUGACAUGGUGCAGCUAUCAAACUCAUCCACUCUUCAGUCCUUUCAGUGUACUCUGAAUGCAUAUUUUUUCCCCAAUUCCAUUUGCUAUCAUAUUCUUAUUAGAUCUUAUACUGGCAGACAAAACACUGUCUGGUGCUGAUUCCAGUUUAUCCUAUUGAGUCUUAAUACUUUCUUAGUUUAAAAUUAUUGUUGCUGUCCUAUCCAUGUCCGAAACUUAGGGUGCAGUAAACAAUACAGUGUGUGUUUAUGAGUGGUAUAGUGUUCAUAGUCUUAUUGAAACCUUUUCCUUGUUUAAAAGCUUUUUAAAAAACUGAUAUUCACCCUAUUUCUAUUUUUAUUCCUCUCUCUUCAGUUCGUGUUUGUGCUAUGCACUGUUAGAAAUAUGAGCUGUGGUAGAUACUUCACUCAGGAUUCUACCGUAAUACGUAAUAGAUAACUCAGUAAUUGGAUAAAUUGGACCUUACGAGGUUUUCUGUGAUGCUUUUUCAGAUUCAUGGAGCAUGGCCCUUUAUGUUAACUGAAAAUUUUGACUUUUGGUUUAUACAUUUGUGUUUGUGCAGGUAAAUUCUGCAACACAAACUUACCAACUUAGCUCUCUUUGAGUCCAUGAGAUUUAUUGUUUCUUUGUGAAGUUCUGUCAAAUAGUUUUUUUGUGAAGUCCUGUCGCAUAGUUUCAUCAUUUUAGAUUAGAUUCAGUUUUUGUUCCAUAGACCCAAAAAAUGAGAUGAUUCUUGUGGCUGUGGAACAUGUCAGAAUUGUGAUCUAUUAAUUGCCACGAGAUGAUGAUGAUCUGUCAUUUUGCUUGAUCAGAUUCCUUAUUUUGCAUCAAAACAUGGUUUACAAUGUUGCAUUAAAUAUUCAUAAAUUUGAAACGCCGAAAUGCUGCAGGAGGCACAGACAUACAUUUGUAUUUUUGAUUAAUGAUGUCAACCCUCUCUGCCAGUUUAUCAUUAACUAUCCUGGUUGUAUAUUAAACUGUGAACCAGUCUGAUGGCCUUGGCUGUUUUUUCUUCUUUUGCCUUACUGCCAUUCACCUUCUCUAAAUUCUUUCAUGUAUUAAUUGGCUAUCGUCAGUAGCCAAGAAAUGUUAUUGAAACUGCAUUUUCCCAUUUUUAUUUUUUAUUGCUUUUGGUAUUUGUUUUUCUCCAUCCGCUAUUUGAGCAUCCAGUCUUAAUAACUUGAAGUGCUGAGUGUCUGAUGUCAGCAAGUGCCUUUCAAAAGUGAAAUAAGUCCAUUGUAAUUACUUUCUUGUUUAGUGUAACAUUAUGAUAGUAAUAUCUGAUAUGUUAAAGAUGCUAAUAUUUCUGCACAAGACCAUCUUGGAUGUGAAAGAAGCAAUGGUAAUCUGUUGUUUUGUGAGAACAAUACCAUUACACUCAGGUGGCUUGUAAGGAGGUUGUCCCCUUCCCCUCCCCACCCCUCCCUUAUUCUCUCUCUCUCUCUCUCUCUCUCUCUCUCUCUCUCUCUCUCUCUCUCUCUCUCUCUCUCUCUAAUUAGUUGCAUGUCACAAUAUCAUUCAUAUUCUGUUAACUAUUUUUCUAUUUUUACUUUAAAUACCUUCUCUGAACUGUCAUAACAACCGUCCAUUCCCUUUUAUAGACUUGUACUUCCCUACAUGUCAUGUUAAAGGAAGAUUUGCAUACACAUUUUUGGUUACGGAGCUUUUUAUGAUUUAUUUAUCUCAAAAAGCCCUGCUCCACUUUGAAAGCAAAUAGUGGUUCUGUGUGUAAUAUAAUAAAUAAAGCUGGAAAUUUCCUGUUGAAAGUAUGUUGCCUCCUAACACUUUAGUUAUGUAGUGGUAAGUUUAACGGUAUUAGGCCUUAACGUAAAUUGUUAUAUUUGCACAGUCCUCUGAAGUUCCAGUAGACAACAUAACAUUAUUAUAUGAAAAUGUAAUGUAAUGUAAUUUUAUGAAUAUCUACAGUGUCAGUAAUUUUGGAGAAUAUUUUCAGCAAUUUUAUAAACUCAUUUGUGUAAAAUAUUGCUUCUAUAUUGGGAGUUGUCGACCCUGCAUGAAAUAAAUGUAAAUCGAGUGUCAGAUGCAUAAGUGAAGUAAUCUAUAGUUUAACACGAACAGUGACUUCCAGUAUUAAUAGUCAGCUCUAUUGUGGUGAAUUUGAUACCAACAAUUUAAUCUUUGAAACUGUUAUGUGAAUUUUAUUCAGUAUUAUUAUUUACAAAGGCGUUGCUCUUCUUCCUUUCCUUCUUAACUGGUAUCACUAGUGAUAUAAGUAUUUCAUUUUCAGUGAGAGAAUAAGUGUAAUAUGUUGUAUGUAAAGUAAAGUAAAGUAAUGUAGUAGUGCUCUAAUCCGUGAUCUGUGCACUAUGUCAGGCUGUGCUUGGAGGCAUGCACAUUGUUGGUUAAAAGCUUAAUUCUUAUGUCUUGAUUGUUAAGGGUGGUGUGUUUAAUGACAUGGCCGGGAUGCGAUGAAUAUCUCAAUUUAGAAGGUAAUAAGCUGCUUCUUACACAGAAAUGUACUGAUGUACACUGUAAAGAAUCAAUAUUAUUAUCUUAAGAGUACUAAAGAUAGUAACUUCAUCAACAUUUUGGUAACUAGAUAGAAUAUAUCUUGAUAUUUGCAAACAACGUGUAUUUCAUGAUAUGCACACACCUUUUUACAUUGACUCAUCGUACCUUUAAUAAUAAUCAAUACAGGAAAAUUUCCAUCCUCUUUGGUAACUGGAACUAUGAUGCGUAAUGAUAAUGCAGUGAAAGUGUAAGUAUUCAUGAUUUUAUCAGGAUAUGUAAAUCUGAUUGAUCAGAUGAAAAGUGAAGAUAAUAGGAACAAAUAUUUGGCUUUAAAGUUGCUAAAAAUACAGGGAAUGAGAAGUGAACUUGAAAUUUGAGGUGUUUAACACCAUAUUGUAAGCAGUUUAUAUAUGCAUGGUUAGGGGCCCAAGGGAUAAGAUAUAAUGAGUGUGCAGUCUGAAGGGAGAUGGAUAAUGUAAGUGUGGGGUAAUGAAGUGUAAGGAUAGUUAACAAAAACUUGUAAGGAUAGUUAACAAAAACUGGGAUACGAUUACCAUUCUUUAAACCUCCUAGCUGACACUUCCUACAUCUCGAGUACCCUUGUAAGUUCUUUUGGUGAACUCCCUUGGGCCUUGAAAUGUUACAAUAACAGUGGAAUGUAUAGAGGUAAUUUGUACAAGUUAGCUGGUUGAUUUGUGGGAGGGCAAACUGUGAUGGAUCAGGGUGGUUGUCUUAAUACUGACCUUUGAUAGGCAGUGCUCUUCCAGUUGAACACCCAAGUGUGUGCUGCAGGCUGACUCAAACCUUCAACUUGCUGGUGGCUCACUCUAUUUCGUUCUAAACCUUCCUCAGCCGGAAGAACACUAGCUGCAAAGGCAGAUCAAUGUAUGAGCCUCAAUUCAGCCUCGAUCUUAAACUUGUAUGAAUGAUUAUUGCAGUGCACAGUCCGUCAAUAUGAAAAUGUCAUCUAACAAGCAUAAGUUUAAUAAACAUAGUAUAAGUUAAUUUUUUCUCUGCUGCAGCAUAUGCAUUAGAAUGGACAAUUGUGCAAAUUGGAAGAGUGGUAGGGAUGGCUCAGAAGACACGCAAUGAGGCCCAUACUGGUAUAUGAUGUAAUGUUUCAAAAAACCUAUGUUUUGCCAAAGUGAAAUAUCCCUUUAUAACAAACAAUAGGCUGAGGGUGAAUUAUUUUCAGCAAUGGAUUGAACCUGAUCUUCCUCAGUAGUUUGUGCAGCAUUUAUCUGUGUGGUGAAAAAUCCACUAUUCUUAAAAAUUUUGGAAAUUGUAUUAUUUGCAUCAUUGUGCUGUCAUUAACUGUUUCAUGGUUCCAUUUGUCAUUUGACAGAAUAGUCUUUCCACUUUCUUCUUUGAAAUUCUUCCAUACUUUAUUUUUGUCUUUCCAUGUGAAUGCAUUGCUCUGAUUUGAUAAAGCAUUGUAUUCAUGUGAGCGAUAUUAAAAUUAGACUUCAGAAAUCUAUAUGAACAUAAAAGUUCAAUAAUUGGUUAUUACCUAUUGAAAUAUAUAGUAGAAAAAUCUACUUUUAUAUAUGAUGAUGUGCCAUUAUAUUUUUUAACCUUGUGUGAAACAGUCUUUCUUAAGGUGAUUUACUUGUGUUCAUUUGCUUUGCGUCACAACCUGUGUGCUAAAAAUUUAACACUUCCUGUCAAGCAGUGGUGAAGUUAAUGUUGAAAUAUUUUUGUAAGCUAUGCUGAAGGAAGUUUUGGAAUCGUAGUCAUGAACAACUAUCUUUGGGUUAAGCCACAAGCAAUAACAUGAAGUACCUGUUGGUUGAAAAUUCUUGGUGAUAACACUGUUUGUGUUGUGUAUUGCCAGCUAAUUUUCCAAAUAAUAAAUAUAGCCUGCUUUCAUUUAUCUUACAUAAUUAUUUGGCAGUUGAUGUAUGAGGCUUUUGCUCAUCACAAGCACCAUUUGUUAACCUCAUUAUACUAUUUUAGGAGAGGUUACAGCAAAAAUCCAGGCAGUUGCCCCUGUAGGACCAUUGAAACUGAUGCCCUGAUUUGGAAAUUUAUUAUAAUUAUUUCCUAAGGAGCAAAACACAGCUGCUGCAUAACCCCAAAAACUGUACAAUGUCUGAUUUGCUUGCUGUUGAGAUUGAUUUAUGAUUAGCAGAAUAUUGCAUGUGUCGAAUUGCUCACACUGCUUGAAGCCUUAGGGAACUUUGUUACAUGAUGAGAUGUUAGGUUGUGCAGGAAGCAAAUGAACAUUAACUCACCUGUUGAUUUGAGGCAUACUGAUUAUAAAGAUAUUUUAGUAGUCACGAACUGUGGUAAUCUCACCAAGUAGAAGGGGCUGACAGAGAUACUCAAGUUCAUAACUGAAUGAUCUUGCAGCAUAUUCCUUAUUAAGUGUCAGUUUUUGUGGAAUGUUUCCAUGUUAAGUUAAGAGGUAGAGACUGCAAAUAUUGAAAGAAACCAGCAAGGUAAAUCUCUACCGGUCCUUAAUGUAAAAGCACUGUGUUAAUGGGAUUACAAACAUCUAAAAUGACAAUAAGGAUUUUCUUUUUAGAAUAAUGCAGUUGUAUUAUUUGGAAAUCGUUUUGAGGAGAGGUCUGAAAUACAAAUAUUAAGAAUAAUUUGGUUAUUUGUUUAUCGUCUGGAAGUCUAUAAUUGCAGUAUGUAACAUUUGUCUCAUGUAACAUUGCAGUCCUGGCCAGUGUCAUUACUUGGUCAGAUUCAGUAUAGUUUUGUGCCUCUAAUAAGAUAAGAAAUUCCCUACUAGAAGAAUUUAAUGAUAAUAGAUUAGUUUACUUAAUACAGUUUACAAUGAAUUACAAAAAAUCAGAAUUGUCAGCAGAAUAAUCGAUAAAUUGUCUACUGAAAACACUUUAUAAAGACAGCCGUGAAUCUGUACAUAGACAGCAAUAUUUUAAAUUGUUAAUUGCAUUCAGUGCCUGACCAAAGUUUUAAGGCCUCAUUUUAUAAAAAUUUUAUUUGAAUUAAAUAUGUGGUAUUUCAUGCUUAUGGAAUUCAUAGUGCUAUUUUUUAUUAUAUCACCGUAUUUCUGUUUGUUGUCAGACUUUUCAAUUUAUGAUCAAUUAUUUCAAAAUAAGGUUUUGUCAUAGGUUCGUAAUCUUUUUGUGUGUACGUGCUAUAUUUGCUUCGGAUUUUGAGUAUUUUGAAGUUGAGUCUGACGGUUUUGUCACAUUGUAACUUACUUGACAAAAGAAGGUAUGUUAAUACAUUUAUUUAGAUUAUGUAUACUAAGAACAUAUUAUUCAGUUGCUCAUGUGCAUAUUGCACAUGUUUGCUAUCAAUUAACAUGCCUCACAGGUGGUGUGGAUAAUGUUUUAUUUAUGUAUGAGUGAAGAGCAUGAUUGAUUUCACAUUUGUUAGAAAAUUUGAUGAGUUAUUAUGUUCUUGUUUUUGUAAGCACAUUGUGUAAGUAAAAGUGGUGAAUGCUGAAAGAGCAA